UCAAUUUUGGAAUAUGUAUGAUGAAUAAUGAAAUGUUGUUGUUGUGGGGAGACUUGGUCCUGAAAUCUCUCUGGGAAUUUCUUCACCGUGUCUCAAUUUCUCUGCGAUUUCUUUGUCUAUAGCUCUCGACAAGAAAAUAAAAGAAAGAAAAAAAAAAAUCAUAAUUUGGGAGAGAGGUUUUUGGUAUCGGAACGAGAGAGAGAAAGAUGGGUCAAGCUUUUCGUAAGCUGUUUGAUACUUUCUUCGGCAAUCAAGAAAUGAGGGUCGUUAUGCUGGGGCUGGAUGCUGCUGGCAAAACAACUAUUCUCUAUAAGCUUCAUAUAGGAGAAGUUUUGUCAACUGUUCCAACCAUUGGAUUCAAUGUUGAGAAAGUUCAGUACAAAAAUGUGAUGUUCACAGUUUGGGAUGUUGGUGGCCAAGAGAAACUGAGACCUCUUUGGAGGCAUUACUUCAAUAAUACCGAUGGACUUAUAUACGUGGUGGAUUCCUUAGAUCGAGAGAGGAUCGGGAAAGCAAAGCAAGAAUUUCAGGAGAUCAUAAAAGACCCAUUCAUGCUAAACAGUAUCAUUCUGGUGUUUGCAAACAAACAGGACAUGAGAGGAGCCAUGUCACCAAGAGAAGUAUGCGAAGGGUUAGGAUUAUUUGAUCUGAAGAACAGGAAAUGGCACAUACAAGGAACUUGUGCUCUUCGUGGAGACGGGCUCUACGAAGGCUUGGACUGGUUAUCAUCUACGCUUAAGGAUGUUAAAGCCGCUGGAUUCACAUCGGUUGGCCACUCCUUUUGACUCUCCCAGAGUGUGUUAAUACUAUGCUCCAUGGCCAAAGUCUUCUUCUUAGCAUUAAAAAUGUAAACACGAACCCAGUAUCUCCACUGAUUUUUGUUCAGGAAAGAAAAUUAUCUUCUCACGGUGGCAAAUAUUAGACUCAGUUAAGCUACUUCUGAAUUUGGAUCAUGCUGCCAUGAAAGCUUCAUUGUAUGUAUAUUCUGUUGAUGAAAAUUUGUAUCAUCUAAAAAUCUUCCCUUUUUGUCUGUUCAAAAUUUUUGGUAGAUAAUGUAUUCCUUCGAUUUUAUCA